AUGGCGGCCCCCGGCGGGAAGCGGCCGCCCCACGCGCUUCCGCCCGCACGCCGCCCCGCCCCGCCCCGCCACCGCCCGCCGACCAAUCGGAGCCGGGAGGGGAGGGAUUGGCGCGCCGCCCAGCCAAUGAGAGGGCGGGGAUGGGGCGAGGGGGAGGCUGCGAAAGGAGCCGGGAGCAAGGCCGGGGGAGCGGAGGCUGCCGGGGGCGAGGCCGAUGGGGGGGCAGCGGUGAAGGAGCCCCCAGUGGCACCGGCUGCUGGGGGAGAGGCCGAGGUGGAGGCGAAGGCUGAGCCGGCGGCUGCAGGCGGCCCCCGGGGCCGGCAGGAGCCCACCUGGCUGCAGGACGAGGAGGACGAGCUGUGGCCCGAGUUCCCCCCCUGCUCACCCAGCGCCGAGGGGGCGGCCAGCCCCACGUCCCCCCUCUCUCCCACAUCCCCUGUGUCCCCUACAUCUCCCCUGUCCCCUGUGUCCCCUACAUCCCCCACAGCUGGUGCUGAGGGCUCGGGAGGCAGCGAGAGGGCUGCGUCCCCAGGGGGGCCACGGGACCGGGCGCCCCCCAGGGUGGUGGCUGUGGGGCGGCCACGGGCGAGUGCCAAGGCGCAGGGGCGCAGCGCCAUCCUGGAGAAGUUUGGAGGGGCAGCCAAGGGCCCGGCCCCACACCUGAAGCGCCCGGGGGGCGCCGGCUCGGUGAAGGCCAUGCUGCUGGAGUGGUGCCGCGCCAGGACCCGCGGCUACCAGCAGCACGUGGACAUCCAGAACUUCACGGGGAGCUGGGGCAGUGGCCUGGCCUUCUGCGCCCUCAUCCACAGCUUCUUCCCCGACGCCUUCGACUACAGCAGCCUCCAGCCCCAGGAGCGCCGGCACAACUUCACCCUGGCCUUCGCCACCGCGGAGGCGCGGGCCGACUGCGCCCCGCUGCUGGACGUGGAGGACAUGCUGCGGCUGGCGGUGCCCGACGCCAAGUGCGUCUACACCUACGUGCAGGAGCUGUACCGCAGCCUGGUGGCCAAGGGGCUAGUGAAGACCAAGAAGCGCUGAGCCCCCCCACACACCCCCAGCGCCCACCCCGCUCCCCCCCCCAGCACUUCGUUCCCCCGGCAGUAAAGCUUUGCAGUGCCCGG